AAAAUUGAGCAUGGUCUAAAGUUGGACACACUUCGCUAAAGACACAAUCAUCCUCUCAUCCUCUCGUCUCUUCCGCCCUCACUUGUGCACCAACCAAACGCAAAACAAAAACCCCAAUUAAGUAUUUAACCUACACACCUGUACGUACACAUCCAUGGCCGAAACCCUAAUUACUCCGGCCUAGAACUCCGUGCAGACCUCAAUUCGAUGGCGUCGUUGGCCUCGUGCUCAAUGAUUACAUCUCACAAGUCUCGCGCAAUCAUGUUAACUCUUAACUCCUCUUCAAUUUCAUCUCUUAAACCAACUCAAUUCAAUUAUUUUCAGUCUCAGUCUUCGCUUUUCUUGCGAAAUAAAUCAAACUUAGAAAUUAAUAGUAGAAGUGCUUCGAGAAGUGUGAUUAGGGCGAAGAUAGAUGUAUCGCCGUUGUCGAUUAGGCCGGGAGGUAUAAUUGAGACUGAUAAGUUGCCGUCUGAUGUUCGCAAGAUGACGAUGGAUGCGGUGGAUGCUUGUGGAGGGAGAGUUACUGUUGGCGAUGUGGCUAGUAAGGCUGGUAUCAAGUUGGAUCAGGCUCAGAAAGCUUUGCAGGCUCUCGCUGCUGAUGCUGAUGGCUUUUUGGAGGUUUCAGAUGAUGGUGAUGUUCUGUAUGCUUUCCCAAAGAAUUAUCGUUCAAAGCUCGCGACCAAGUCACUGAGGAUCAAGUUCGAACCCUUAUUGGAAAAGGCUAAGUCUGGAGCUGAAUAUGUAGUAAGAGUUUCCUUUGGAACAGCAUUAAUUGCUUCAAUUGUUAUUGUCUAUACAACAAUUAUUGCUAUCCUUUCAAGUAAAAGCGAUGAAGACAAUCGUGGUAGGAGAGGUAGAUCCUAUAAUAGUGGUUUCAACCUUUUUCUUAGUCCAACAGAUCUGUUUUGGUACUGGGAUCCAUAUUACUAUAGAAGGAGACGAGUACGAGCAGAAAAUAAUGGGAUGAACUAUAUAGAAUCUGUCUUCUCCUUUGUAUUUGGUGAUGGUGAUCCCAAUACGGGUAUUGAAGAAGAGAGGUGGAAGUUGAUGGGGGAAUACAUAGCAUCAAAUGGCGGUGUUAUUGCCGCUGAAGAACUUGCUCCAUAUCUUGAUGUGGAACAGAGAAAGGACAUGAAUGACGAGUCAUAUAUUUUACCUGUACUUCUACGAUUUGAUGGACGACCAGAGAUAGAUGACGAGGGAAAUAUUCUGUACCGAUUUCCGUCAUUGCAAAUAACAGCUUCAAGAAAGGGUGGAAGAAAAGAGUAUGUAGGGAGAAAGUGGGCAGACUGGGUUGGAGGGGUUGAGAGAUAUUUCAGAGAGCAGCAGUGGCAAUUCAGUAAAACUAGUAGUUCUGAAACAGCAAUGGUCGUUGGCUUAGGUGGGCUCAAUUUGUUUGGUGUUGUCAUUCUGGGCACCAUGUUGAAAAAUAUGACAGUUGUACCAAGUGGAUUUAUCACCUUCGUCUCCAACAUAUUCCCUCUGCUUCAGAUAUAUGCUGCCUCGUUUUUUGCAAUUCCUUUGGUCCGAUGGCUCCUUGUUCAGAAAAAAAAUGCUGAAAUAAGAAAAAGAAACCAGGCAAGGGAACAACGUUAUUUGGCACUCCAACAACCAGAUAUGGCUCUAAGGCGAAAGCUUAUCAGUGCUAGAGACAUGGCCAGCAGAACAGUCAUCAGUAAAGAUAGGAUUGUAUACAGUACUGAAAGGGACUUAUUUGAGCAAGACUAUGAAGCCACGGAAUGGGAUAAGAGAUUCCAAGAGUUAGAGAACUCUGAAUAAUUUUUUACUCUUUUUUUUUUUAGCGAUUUUUGAUUUUGUAGCUUAUUUUUGAUUUAUACUAGGAAUGUAUCAUGUUCUAGACAACUAGUUAAAUCCUGAUUUUGUAUUUGCAUGUACAGACAUUAUGUGAUAUACUUGAUAUAAAUGAAAAGGUGAAUAUUAUUAGUUGUAA